GCUUGCUUCGUGAAGACAGGGCAGCGCAUUUCUUCAAGUUGCUCCGGUGCUUACACCGGAGAGAUGGAUAUCAAGGUCAAAGCUGUGAAUGACAUCUUGGGUGAGAGCUACCACAUUUAUCAGUUAUUUGUCUCUCCGGAGGAUGUCGGUCACAGUGGCAUCAACAGACGCAGAACAUACCUGUUCUGCUCUCACCGAGAGACUGGCAGAUAUGUCUACGACAUUUACGAGGCGUACGCCGCAGUGUGCGCGGCAAUCCGGACCAAACCUGGCACAUCCCCAGCCGACUACCUGGUGGCCACGCCCACCCAAGUAGCUGCAGAGGCCAUGCAGGUGGCCCACACUCGCAAGAAGACGUACAAGCACGCAGCAAAGUCCUUGGCCUAUCUCUUGACCAAACGGGAAAGGAAGCAGAUCGUUCUCCUCGACCGGCGCUUCAGACAGCGCUUUGGGCGAGAGCCCGCAAAAGAUCCAAACCUAAUCUACUACCUCGGAGACAAUGUGUCAUUUGCUGUCACAUGGUCAGCAGUGAGCGGAGCCAUCCCUUGCUUUAGGGCUCGAGGAGGCAAGUAUUGGCACAGGAAGAGCCGGAGGUGGCUAGUUGCUGUCGAGCGUAUGGCAGCGAUGGGUUUCCCCGUCAAUGAGGACCAGGCCAGGGUUAUGGGAGUGAGCCCAGUGCCGUCGAUGGAAUCGACCCGGGUUGGCAAAGUGCUGGGAAACAGUUUUCACUACACCAAUGCUGCAGUCGUCCUUCUUUGUGCGCUGUGCUGUUUUGGCCGGCAAGAUCAGUGCCAGCAAAAUGUUGUGUGGUAA